GACACCUGCUUACACACUUACAUACAGAGAGACAGAGCUGAAUGCAAAUAUGCUGAGAUUUCAGUGUGUGGUCGUGGCCCUGGUCAUGCAUGUAAAAGGUUCCCUUUCCCAGCUCAAUGUUUGUGGUCAUGCACCUUUUAACACCCGUAUUGUGGGUGGACAGAGUGCGUCAGAUGGGACGUGGCCAUGGCAGGUUAGUUUACAGAGUCCUGCUUAUACUGGUGGCCAUUUCUGUGGAGGAUCCCUCAUCAACAAAGACUGGGUCCUGACAGCAGCCCACUGUUUCUCCAGCACCAAGACUUCUGACCUGACUGUGUAUUUGGGGAAACAGACUCUAAGUGGCUUGAAUCCCAAUCAAAUUGCAAGAGGUGUUAAACAGGUGAUCCUUCACCCCAAAUACAACAGUGCAACCCAAGACAAUGACAUUGCCCUUCUGCUUCUGAACUCGUCUGUCACCUUCACGGACUACAUCAUACCUGUGUGCCUGGCAGGUGAAGGCAGCAAUUUUCCACACGAUACCAAGUGCUGGAUCACAGGCUGGGGAAGCAUUGCAUCUGGAGUGCCACUGCCAUCUCCUGGUGUGCUGCAGGAGGCAAUGGUGUCCACGAUCUAUUCACUGCUUUGUGAUCUUCUACAUGGAUUUGGAUCCAUUACCCCAAAUAUGAUGUGUGCUGGUAAUCUCAGUGGACGCCAGGACACCUGCCAGGGGGAUUCUGGAGGACCCUUGGUGACAAAGCGUGGUGCAGUCUGGAUUCAGGCUGGUAUCACUAGCUGGGGUAAGGGUUGUGGAAAUUCCAGAUUACCUGGUGUGUAUACUCAGGUGUCCCAGUACCAGAAGUGGAUCUCCAGCGUCAUCAACAAAAAUCUACCUGGUUUUAUCAAGUACUAACACAAUGCGAUGACUGGUGACAGUACUGAUGGAUCAGGAGGAAUGAAAGCAUUUCAAUUUAUUAACAGUGUUUAUUAUUUUUCAUGAGAUGUCUAUAUAUUUUACAAUACAGAUCUAUAUAUAUUUUUACAGUAAUCAGUUUCAUAAAUUUAAAAAGAAUUUUAUACACACACACACAUAUGCAUAUGAGGUUGUUUUGUAAUUAGGAUGGCUGUUGUAAUAAUCAUUUUAAGAUUAGAUUUUAAAAAAUUGCUUCAUGAAGUAUUGUACGUGAUGUACUGACAUUAGCUUGGCUACACUGUAGCUGUUGUUUGCUCUCAUGACUCUGCACUAAACCUUCCGUGAUUUCCUGUGAAGCAUGCAGAUACAGUAUGUAUGGUACCCUGGCUUAUAUUCGGUCAUGGUAGUGCCAAUGGGCACUGAACUACUACUACUGACCAGCAUGUCACAUGUCAGUAAUUACUCUCACCUGUAUCUCAUUAUACUUUUUUAACACCACCAUUUAACUUCUAGUUUUAGUAUCUCACUGUCAAGCUUCUGUUGUAAUUGUUGUGUUUGUUGUGUGCACAUGCCACAGUUUUGCUUAUGACCUGUAUGACCUUUGUUUUAUAUCCAAUGUCCAUGUUUAUGAUUCUUGUUUUCAUGUUGUUGAUGAGUUUGCUUGUAUGUCAUGUAAUAAAAUAUCUGCAUUUGCA